AUGCCGUACAUCCUCACGCACAAAGGUAGAGAUACUGCGUUAACAACCUGUGGGAUGCUUGCGAGAGGGAGUUCGGGCCCAUAUUCAGGCUGGAUAUGCCGGGACAAGCACCCAUCCGUGUUCAUCUCAGAGCCUGGUGACAUCGAGCACGUGUUAAAGAGCACAGCCAAGAACCAACAGAGGGACCUGUUCAGUUCUUUGAAAUACGUUAGAGACACACAUGAUUUCUUCAAGAAGGACAAAUCUGGCAUUAUGUCCGAGCAGGGGGACGAAUGGUGGCGUGUGCGCAGGCGCGUCCAGCCAUACACAGCCAAACCGAAGCACGUGGAGCUGUACCUUCCCCAGAUGGACCAGGUGAUGCUAGAGUUCACCGAGAGGUGGGCAUCGUUAAGAGACGAAGUUAACGAGCUCCCCGAGAACUUCGUUGAGGAGCUCUACUGUUGGGCGCUCGAAACCCUGGGCCUCGUGGUGUUCAACAAGCGGCUCGGGUACCUGGAAGGGAACGCCGAAGUGGAGACGAUCGUGGAGAUGGCCAGGGCGAUCUUCGCGGACGUCCAGGAGCUGGAGGUCUCUUCGCCGCAGUGGUGGCGGCUGGCGACCACGCCCAAGCUGCGCGAUCUGAGGAGGGCCCAUGACAUUCUGCUGCGCUUCGUGCAGUCGUCCGUGGCCGAGUCGGAGGCGGCACUCGAGACCCGCAGUCCCGACGCCGAGGGAGACGGGCUCACCCUCGUGGAAAUGCUGCUCCUCGACCCUGAGCUGUCCCGCGAGGAUGCCCAUGCCUACCUCAUGGACCUGCUCACGGCUGGGAUAGACGCGGUGGCCAUAAAAGCGGCUUUUGUGCUGACGUUGCUAGCUCAGCAUCCAGAGGAGCAGCAGAAAGUCCAUGAGGAACUGGACGCGGUGCUCGGGGACGGGACGCAGCCUCUGACUCCUCAGCACCUCGCCAAACUCAGGUACACAAAAGCCUGCGUGAAAGAAGUGCUCAGGAUUUCUUCCCCAUCAACACUAACUUCCAGACAACUUGUGGAAGAUACAGUUAUAUGUGGUUACCUCGUGCCAAAGGGGUUCAACGUGAAUCUGCUGCUGCGUCCAGCCGGCAAGAAAGAGGAGUACUUCGCUCGACCAGCUGAGUUCUUACCCGAGCGGUGGCUGCGCGGCCAGGCUCUGAGAUCCAUCAAUCCCUAUGCCUCAAUGCCCUUCGGCCUGGGCACUCGAAGCUGCGUCGGUCGGAGGCUCUCUGAGCAACAGACCUACACGCUUCUUGCCAGGUUGCUGCACAAGUACCGACUGGAGUGGCAUUACGGUCCCCUGAACCCCAUUAUGCUCUUCACUCUCUUCCCAGACAAACCUCUGCGACUUAAGAUGAUCGACCGUAAAGUCUAAAUAAUCUUUUUAAAAAUAAUAGGCCUACAUAGCACCACUCGGAAGAAUGGCGGACAUCAGUAAGAACAGAUGAUGCAAAGGAAAAAAAAAACAAUAACGGGUAUACGAAGAAGAAAUAAGAAAUGUUUGUUCAUUUCUCAGUGUUGUUUCAUGUCUGUUUUUGUCCUCUUCGUAUCAUACAAGAUCAUAUGCUGAUCACAUGAUCUUAAUUCUCCCCAUGCACCCGUGUUGAGAUAUGUAGUCAGAAUAAACUUUCUUUUUAUUGAAUUUUGCCAUAAAUUUCGAUUAAAAGAGAUACCUUCAAUACAUUACAUACUUUUUAUAAGUCAUCCUCUCUUGGUAGACUACAAUUUAUUCAAGCAAACCUUUAGUGCUAUUAUUAGAUUUAUUAAAUAUGGCGAUUUACGUUUUUCUCUUCAAAGUCACCUACAGCAGGGUGGGUAAAUUUUGAACACAGUGCGCCAGUUUAUAAAUUACUGACAUUUUUAAACCACCUUCCGUGCCAAUUUUAUUCUUUAUAUAGCCUAUGAAAAAUGUCAUCAUAAUUAUACAUUGUAUGUAGUGACCAGUGGAAUGUGGUAAUAUAUAUUUAUCUGCACAUGUAUAACACAAAUAUAACAUUUUUGUGGCAUUCACUAAUCUUUGUAACUAAAAAAAUAUAUAUAAAUUUCUGGACA